AUGUGCCCCUUCAGCACGGCGAACCCAGGGCAGCCCGCGCGCGUGGUGAAGGCCGACAAGCACUUGUGCAGCUGGAGCGAUCCGCAGAGGCUGCGCGGCAUGCAGGGAGGGUACCGCAGGGGCUUGCUGACGCAGCUGGAGGUUUUCCGCGAGAAGGACGAAGCCGUAUUUGCCAAGGCCGAGGCAAUCUUGAAGGACGUCUUCGGGGACAACUACGUGGCGCAGAUGAAGAAGAAGAAGACUGUCCGGCAGAACCAGCAGGCAGCACAAGCUCGGAGGCGCACUGGCGAGACGGACUGGCCGACGAAGCUGGCGAAGCGGCGGCUGGUGAUGGAGAGCCCGACGGUCGACGAGGAAGCUCGGAAGAAGUUCCGCAAGCUAACCCUGGCGGACUUGAAGAAGGUCGAGAACUCGUUCUACAAGUACACAGCCGAGCGAAAGAUGCGCGGUCGCGCCGACGAGGUCCCAAAGAGCAAGGACUUGGAGCCGCCGAUCGGCGAAGCAGGCUUCAGUGAUCUGUCGAAGGGGCUGCGGUCCUGGGCCGCCAAGGGCUCGCGGGGCAUCUGCAAGGAGUGCCAUGUUUUGCAGCCGCGGCCCAUGCACGAGAUCGAUAUGUUCCUCGACGCCAGCGAGGAGAUCUCCAAGAGCGCCUGCCGCCGCUGCAACGCCGCUCGCGACAUGUACGUCCCGCUGCCCGAUGACGUACCUGGGCCACUCCGCGGCCUGUCAGAGGAGAUCGUCGAAGCCCUCCGGCCCAUUGAGAUCGACGUCGGCCACGAGACACGCUCCACCGACACGUUCGGCCGCCCGAACGGCUACCGCAAGAAGGUGAAGAUGAUCACGUUCUAUUUCUCGAAGUGGCACGUGAAGGGUAAGAUCCACGAGUUGGAUGGGGAUGCGCGGCGGACGGCAAAGAAGGCGUACAAGUACUUGCUGGACUGCGAAGAGUCCUCGUACAAACGGUUCCACGACAUGCACGAGAAGUUCCUCCGCAAGCAGGGCGAGGACGCCGCGGACAGGAAGCGCAAGCGCCCAUACCACUUCCUGCAGGAGAUCGGACUGGAGUGCGCCCUCUGGCCGAACUUGUACUGGUGCACCGAGAUGACGGAGACGCACGAGCAGUGGUCGGGCGCGAGGCGCGAGGAGAGGCGCGAAGAGGACGAAGGCGACGGCGGAGGCCAGCGCACGAGCGUCAAGCGGUCUUUCAUGACCAAAUGCCUAUCGCCGUUGCUUGGGUACGGAUCCAACUUCGAGCUGCUGCAGUUCGUGUACGACCUGAACCUCUGGGCGACGCUCGGUGCAAAGAAGAACCUGGGCCUCGACAACGUGCCGAUGCGGAUGCUCAUGAAGGGUCAUACCUUCUCGCCGCUCUACUGGAAGGAGGUGCACAAUGCCCUUGUCGACCUCGUGCGCCAGGUGGGCUUCCCGAAGCUGUUCUUCACCAUUGCGCCGUGGGAGCCGUGCUUCAAGUACCACGACUGGCUGCGCGAUGAAAUGGAGAAGACACUGCGAACCCGCAUGUACCUCCCCGUGGGCGAAACGCUGCACAUGACGCACGUGCUCAUGCAGAUCGUCCGAGGCAUGCUGGCGGGCAACAACUACCAGAUGAUGGACCGCAGCAGCCGCAGCUGGACACAGCACGUGUUCGCCGCGAAGGACGCCGACGGCAGACAGGUUCGCGUCCAGAGUUUCACGAGACUGGAGUACCAGGACGGGAGCCGCAAGGAGGGCACGAAGCGCUACGACGGCUCCGGCCGGCCGCACCUGCACGUCCUCUUCUUCGCGGACGACGACUCCAUGGCGAACAUGGGAUUGGAGCACCACCUCUUCGCGACACAGCCCGAUGGCUACUCGGAUGACCUGAAGGGUUACGUGGACGGAUCCCAGUUCAACAAGCACGGCGAUGCAGAGAGCAAGUGGCCGAUCUACCAUGGGCCGUCGGGGGUGCACGGCGACGAUGGUGUCCUCCAGCUGAAGCACACCGAGGAGGACCACGACGCGGGCCUCCGAGCGUACUGCGCUGACGUAAUGGUCGGGCUCCCUUGCCAUCAGGACUGGCAGACCAGCGACGGGGAGGCCAUGCUCCUGCAAUACGUUUCCAAGUAUGUGGCGAAGUUCUCGGACAGCAGCUACGACGAGUGGAUGAGCGACAAGGCCUCCGCGGACAGCGUGGCCAGGCGCGUCUGCUUCGAGUACCACCCCUACGAGCCAGAGAUGGUCCUGCAGCUGUGCGGAGCGCAAUUCAGACAGUACGACAUCUCUACGGUCAGCGGCGGCUUCCGCACCGCGACGGCGCCCUACUCGGGCAUGGCGGAUGUGCCCGACUGGGUCCAGAAAUAUGCUGAUUGCUCGUGGCGCCACGAGGGCAUGACGCUCUUGGAGUGGCUUCGAAAGACUACUGACGACGGCGCCAUCGCUGGAUGGCUGAAGCGCAAGCACAAGCAGGAGCUGGUGCUGGCCCUGUACAGGCGGUACCGCGCGACCGUGCCCGACGGCGAGGAGCCCCAGGCGCUCGACGCUCACUGGCGCUUCCUGCGCGCUGAGUACAAAGGCAUGGCCGAUGCUGAUGGCGGAGGCAGCGGGAACAGCGACAAAGACUCCGACGCCGAAGACGAGGACCAGCCGAAGACCUUCGAGGAGUUCCUCGCGAAGAAGCACAGCGACGAAAAGAGCGAGGGCGAGAACGACUUUCCGAACCUCAAGGAGUUCGCGCGAGCCUACCGCAUGCAGGGCGAGAAGGUGGUCAGCGUCGACACGGUAUACGAGCUCAACGACCGCUACUACGGCCAGUGGGUUGCAAUGAACGUGCCGUUUCGAUCGCUCGACGAGCUCGAGUUCGAGGAUGUGAAUCGCCUGGUUCCGCAGAAAUACAAGUAUCUCGCGGCGGCGCUGGGACUGUGCUCCGACCAGGGCCGCGUCGCUGAAGAGCACCAUGACUUGUUCACCGAUGACAGGCGGCUCGUGGACUACAUGAGCGCUUCCGCGAAGUCCAGCAAGUUCACCGAGGUUGUGCAUCACAUGAUCGUGGGGCAGCGGAAGCUCAUCAACAUGUACCUGACGGGCAUCAUCGACAAGGCCGACGAGAAGGCCGCGGCCGACGCCGAGGCCGCGGUCAUCGCCAACCGCAGGCCAGCGCGCGGCGAGGGCCAGGACGAGGUCGACUUCCACCCGAAGCAGCUGCAGCUGGAGGAGGCGAUCAACGAGCGCGUGGACCGUGCCGUGCGGGCGGAGCUGUCGGAGGACUGGGAGAAGGCGGACGAGGCGCGCGAGGAAGCGUACAAGAAGAACACGCCCGUCAUCUGCCUUGGGAAGCCUGGGACGGGGAAGACCACCGUGGUAAAGUCCAGCAUUCGGCGCGCCCAGGAGCAAGGCGCGCGCGUGCUCUUCGCCCUCCCGACGGCGCAGCUGUCCAGCCGCAUGAGAGCCGCGCUGCAAGGCCUGGGGGGCCUAACGGUGGACACGUGCCACGCCGCAUUCAAGCUGCACGAUCCAAUCACAGAGAGUCUUCGCAGGAUGACGGACUUCGACUUGGUGGUGGUUGACGAGGUAUCGCUGCUGAGUUGCGAAAGCUUCGAGCGCAUCCUGAAGCUCUGGAGCGUCGCGGGGAAAGUCCCCGCGCUGGUCUUCCUCGGAGACAAGCACCAGCUCCCUGGGGUGGAACCGACACGUCCUUGGGAGAGUGCCGCAUGGAAGCGGCCGCGCUGCUUCCACGUGAAGCUCACCGAAACCUGGCGGUGCAAGGAGGAACGCUUCCAGGAGAUCCUGGACGAGCUUCGGACAGACAAGCCCUCCAAGGAGACGUUCCGCAAGAUCGUGCGCGACCACACGGCGUGGAAGAGCAGAGGCGACCCCACGCCCGCCGAAAUGAAGAAGCUCUUCGAGAAGCACCCAGACACGCGGAUCGUCACCUGCACGCGCAGGGGCGCAGCGGCCGUGAACGAGGCGGCAGUCGCUGCGCUGUACGGCCGCAAGACCCCGCUGGCCACGCUGGACGGCGACGUGGAACUCAACCCCGAGAACUACGUGGAUGGCAAGCUUCGCACUGAUCGCCGUCUGGUCCCAAGCAGAGUACCGAUUUACAAGGGAAUGCAAUUGUACCUGACGAAGAACAAGAACAAGGAGGCCGACGAGGUGAAUGGCAUGCUUUGCGUGGUGGAGGACUACCACGCCGAGGAGGACAUGCUGCGCGUGAUGACGAAGACGGGCCACCGUCUGGCGAUUACUCGCUGGACCGACCGCGAGAAGGGCAAUGCGGUCUACUUUCCGGUUCGUCUCGGCUACGCCAGCACCAUCGACAAGGUGCAGGGCGACGAGUUCCCCCACAUCACGAUAUACCUGGACGGGUGGCCUAGACCAGCAGCGGGAUAUACAGCGCUCAGCCGCGUUGCAACGUCGGAUGAUUACUUGAUCGGCGGCUUCGUGGAGCGAGACAACUUCAUACCCGCGUUCUGA